AUGUUUUACGAUUGGGAAACCGGCAAAUUGAUCAGAAGAAUUGAUUUCUUUCCUAAUAAAGUAAUUUUGAAUGAUACAAAUACAAUUGUGGCAUUGGCAACAAAUGAUGAAGUAGCAAUUACCAAUCUUUUACAGUAAGAGGAAAAUUCUGAUGGAUUUGAGGAUGCCUUCUAACCUUUAUGUGACACAACUGAAUCUAUCAACUCUGGCUAUUUCAUCCAAGAUGUCUUCUAUUAUACUACUAUGAAUGGCAAAAUAGCAUACUCUGUUAAUGGAAAGAUCUUUAUUGUCGAUUAGGAUAAAAAGUAUUUCAUAAUUCGUUACAUCCAACAAUAAAAUAAACUCUAUCUCAUCGAUAAAAAAUAUAAUAUUAUUAGUUAUGAAGUUAAUAGCAAUGUCGUUGAAUUUCAAACUCGGAUUCUUAAAAAAUAAUGUACAAAGGCUGAAGAAACCCUUUAAACAAUUCCAAUCCAAUACUAUGAUAAAUUAUCUAAAUUUUAGACACUCUUAAUCUCAAAGAAUGGGCAUAUAAAUUAGUCUAGGACGAAGACCAUAAAUUUGAGCUUGCUCUUUAACUUGCAUUUGUAGAUGAUGCUUUCCUAAUUGCUUAAAAAAGCUAAGACACACUCAAAUUAAGACAAGUUGGAGAUCUUUCUUUAAAAUAAGGAAAAAUUAAAAUAGCUUCUUAAGCCUUGCAAUAGGCAGAUGAUUUUGGAGGACUCCUAUAAAUUUAUUCCUCUUUGGGAUUGA